UCAAUGUCUUUGCCAUAAGGAAUUCCAAUGAAUGCUGUUUAUAAACAAGUUGUUAUGGAGCAUAAGGAAGAUGAUAGAGUUGAGCAAUUAGAAGCACAAAUAUAUAACAUGGAAAAAGAUCAUAGUAUGUGGAGAAAGAAGUAUUUUGAACUUGAAUCAUUAUAUGAUAAGUGUAGAUAUGCUGCUGAAAAAGUAAAUAUUUUUUUAUUAAAUUAAGUCAGUCUAAUUAGAAGAUAGAAUCAAUCUAUUAAGAUAAGACAAUUCAUAAAUAUCAGGUUUGCUUAGAGAAAAAGCUACAGAAUGUGAAAAAAUGAGAGUGAGAUUGACAUAAUUAGAAAAUGAGAAUUUUGAAUUAAAUACAAUCAGAUUAUAAGUAACUAAAUUUAAUGAUCUUUUAUCAUAAAAGACAUAAGAUAUUGAGUAAUUAAGAAAGAAAAAUUCAGAAAUUUAUGCUAGAGUAAUUGAAUUAGAAGGAAAUGAAUUAGUUAUUAGAGAUUAUAAGGCUUAAGUAAAUAGUUUGACAAAGGAUUUAGAUGUUUGGAAAAAAUUAUAUGAGGAUUAAUAAUAAGAAAGAGUCAAACUAUUAGAAAUUAUUAGAUAAUUUGAAUUAAACAAUCCUUUAUCAGGAUCAGUCAAAUCAUCUUAAUAAUAAAAUAGUGAAGUAAUUGAAAGAAGAGUUGUCACUACUUCAGAAACGACUAAUAAUACUCUUUAAUUAUAAUCAUCACUUUUAUAAAAUUAAGCAACUAUUUCUGAUUUGGAGGAUAGACUUGGAUUCUAAGAAAAGUAAUAUGAUAAAUUGAAGCAAGAAUUAGAAGGCAGAAUUAAAAUUAAUAAUGAACUUAAAUUAAAGUAAUAUAUUAUUUUAUUUAUAGAAUAACUUAAUAAGAAUGUGAAUUGAAGAAUAUAAAUUAUUUGAAAUUAGAUAAUUAAAAAUUAAAGGAUUAAUUAGAUUAAACUAAAAGAGAACUUGAUUAAUUUAGAAAAUAAUAUUAUACAACUUUAAGUAAAUUAUAAAUUGCUGAAUAAUAACUUAAUGAAUUAUAUAAUUUGGAAAAUAGACUUUAAUUAUUAUAAUAAGAAAGAGACACCUUAAAUAAAUCAUUAAAAUAAAAAAAUGAAGAUAUUGGAUAAUUGUAAGACAAAGUUUCAUCAUUAUUAUCUUAAUUAGAAUAAUUGAGACUUAAUGAUUAAGCAAGAAAUGCUGCAGAAAAUGAAGUUAUUUAACUCAAAUCUGAAUUAAACAAACUCUAAAGUAAUCUUAAAUAAAAAGAAUAAACUAUCACAGAUUUACAUGGAAAAAUAAAUGACUUAUAAAAAUAAUUAACUAAUGCAUAAUCUGAUUUUAAGAGAUUGUAAGCUAAGGAUUAUUCAGGAUUAUAAGAUUAAGCAAAAUUAGUUAAUGAAUUAUAAUAGAAAUUACUUUAAUUGAGUCAAGAUAACUCAAAAUUCUAAAGUUAAGCUUUUAAUUUAGAAUCCAAAAAUAAUUCAUAAGUUUAAGAUAUUUAAAGAUUGAAUUCAUUAUUAUAGACUAAAACAUAAGAACUUUAAGAUGCAAAUAAGAAAAUUAAUGAUUUAGAAAAUGAUAAGACAAUUCCUGAUCUUAAGUUUUAGAACUCUUAAUUAAUUGCUGAAUUGAGAGAAUAAGAAACUGAAAACUAAGGUUUAUAAGAAAAAUUACAAAUUUUAGAAAAUUAAAUAAUUCAAUUAAAUACUAAAUUGACUACAGCUGAAGCUUAAGCUAAUUGUAAUUUGAAUGAGAAAAAUAAGGUUGAUUAAUUGUUGUCUUCUUAUUUGCUUCAAUUAUCAUAAUUAGAAAAAGAGUAAUAUAUUAAUUUAAUAUUUUUAGAGUAGAUGAACUAAGAGUCAUAGCCCAAUAAGUAUCAUAAUAGAGUGCCAUAAAUAAAUAAUAAGAAUAACACAUCUAAGCAUUAUAGAAACAAUUAAAAGAAUAUAGUAGCUAAUUCAAUGAAGUAAGUAAAGAAAAUGAGAAAUUAUAUGUUGAUAAUUCUCAACUCUCUACUCGUAUUUCUUAAUUAAGUGAAUUGCCAAAUAAGAUAUAAAUAUUAGAUGAGGGAAUAUAAAAACUUUAAUAAGAUUAUAAUAAUGAAUUGUAAGCUAAUGAAACAUUAAAUAAAUAAUUGAAUGAUGCUUUAAAAGUAAAGAAUGAUUUAGAAAAUAAAAUAGCCAUGUUAUCAACAGAAGUUGAAAGAUUUUAAUAUAAAUUAAAUAGUAGAUAAAAUGAGGCUGAAUAAUUAAAAAAAUAAAUAGUUGAAUUGGAAACUCAAAUUGCUUAAUUGAAAUAAUUGGAAUCAGAUAAUUAAGUUUUGGCAGAUAAAAUUGCUCAUCUUGAACAACAAUUAAUUAAUGAAGCAAAUAAGAAUUUAGAACAUCUUUUAAGAGUUAGUUAAGAUGAAACUAAAUCAUAUAUAUUAGAUAAUAAUAAUCUCAAAUAACAAUUAGAUUAAAAAGAAUAAGAAAAUAAAUAAAAGGAUGAAUCUUAUAGAUAAUUAGAAUAAAAAUAUUAAUAACUUUAAAGUUCAAAUAAGAAUUUAGAAGCAUAGAAUACUUAAAUUGCUGAAUUAUAAAAUGUUAUAGCUGGAUAAGAAAGUGAUAUUCAAAAAUUCUAAGAUCUUAUAGAAGAAUUAAGAGAUAAAAAUAAUGAUUUAGUAGCAGAGUAAAUUAUUUAUAUAAUUAUUAUUUAGAUCUUAAAAAUUAUAAAUUGAAUUAACUUAAUAAUAAGUAUAGAUUUCAGAUUUGAAAAAUCAAAUUGAAAAACUAAAUACUCAAGUGAAUAACAAUUAAAAUUAUGAUUAAUUAAUAGAAGAAUUGAAGAGAAAAAUAGAGAAAUUGUAAGAAGAAAAAGUAAUAUUUAAUUAUAUUAUAUUAUAGUACUAAUUAGAAAAUAAAGUGGCCUUAUUGUCAAGUGAAAUAGAGAGAAUGAGAGUUAAAUAUGAUGCUUAAGGAAAUAAAUUAAAUACUUCAGAAGAGUAAAGAUAAGGUGUAACUAAGGAAUUAGAAUAAGUACAUAAAUUAUUUGAAGAAUCAUAAGAUGUAUAUAUAUUAUUUAAAUAAAAAUAGGAAAUUGAUAAAUUAUAGGAAUAAUUGUCAAAACAAAAAGAAUUAGAAUAAAAAGAAUAAGCUUUAAGUUUAACUUUAGUAAAUGCAUUUAAUGAAAUUGAUGCUUUGAGAUCAUAAUUAUAGAAGGUUUCAAAUGAAGCUAAUGAAUAAAAGAAGGCCAAUAUUGUAUUGGCUACAUAAUAAUAAUGA